CGUGCCAUUACCGGCCAUGUGCGUCCACAGCGGACAUAACCUAAACUAAUGUAACACAAUCUAAAAGUUAUGAAUUGUUUUAAAAAAAAUCUGAAGCCUAAAAUUUGAAACUCAAAAUGUACAAACAAUCAAGAUCGGGCAUGACAAUGUCUGCAAAACAUCUGGUCCCAGAAAACCUGGAAUUUUCAAUGUUUACCAACGAGGAUAUUCGCAAUUUAAGCGUUACAAAAAUCAGCACACCUUUGUCCUUUAACAUUUUGGGCAAUCCACUGAAAGGCGGGCUCUACGACCCAGCGUUAGGUCCAGUGAGCGAAAAGUCAGAUCCCUGCGGAACAUGUGGCGGAAAUAUAACAAAAUGUUCAGGACACUUUGGACAUAUAGAGUUGCCACUGCCAGUAGUAAAUCCGUUAUUCCACAAGCAGUUGGCUAGCAUCAUUAAAUUGACUUGCUUGCGUUGUUUCAAACUGCAAGUACCAGAGCCUAUGAAACUGUUGUUGGUAGCUAAAAUAAAACUGUUGGACGAGGGCUUUGUCUCAGAGUUUAGUGAUUUGGAGCAAGAAGUUCAAUCCAUUAUAGCUGCGGGCGGCGAAGAUACUGGAAUCGUUGAAUUCGUGAAGGAAGUUAUUGAGGCUCACGUAGAGAGGCUCCAUAAUCGUCAGAAGCUAAAUCACAUUGUGCCCCUUCUUUCUGAAGAAAAUCGUUCUAAUGCAAGAAAUGUUAAUAUGCAACGAUGGAUGCACGUUGAAAAUAUACUCAGACAAUUUCAACCUGGACAUAUCUGCAUACAUUGUCAAGAUAGUAUCCCAAAAAUUAGUACGUUCAGAAACCGAAUUAUGACCACUAAAUCAGCCAAUGAUGAACCGGAUGAAAGCAAAAUUAAACGAGGAAUCGUUAGACGAUUGGAAACUGUUCUGAUGAUGCCAGACCAGUCGCAAAAGUAUUUGCGUGAGCUCUGGGAUACGGAAAGAGAUGUAUUGAAAAUAAUAAUGCCUUGUUUGAGUACAGUGCAUACGGAAUAUCCAACAGACAUUCUUUUCUUCAGUAUAAUACCUGUACUUCCACCGAUCGUAAGGCCAGUUAACUACAUCAAUGGACAACUGAUAGAACAUCCUCAAUCCCAAGUCUAUAAAGCUAUUAUACAGGACUGCUUGGUGCUCAGAAACAUUAUACAAACAAUUCAAGAUGGAGAUACUUCAAAACUUCCCGAAGAAGGCCGAAUGGUUUUUGAACAAAUAAGAGGAAAUUCGCCGUCAGAAAAACUUCAUAAUGCUUGGCAGCAGCUCCAAGCAAACGUCGAUCAUCUGAUGGAUCGUGACGUAAACAAAACGACGGAAUCAGCAAACUGUCAGGGGCUGAAACAGGUGAUUGAGAAAAAAGAGGGCAUUAUUCGCAUGCACAUGAUGGGGAAGAGGGUGAAUUUUGCAGCCAGAUCAGUCAUCACUCCUGAUCCCAAUUUAAACAUCGACGAAAUUGGUAUUCCCGAAGCUUUCGCUUUGAAGCUGACCUAUCCAGUUCCAGUAACACCUUGGAAUGUUGCCGAAUUGCGACAAAUGAUAAUUAACGGACCAAACGUCCAUCCAGGGGCAGUUAUGGUGGAGGGUGAAGAUGGCUCAACAACGCGUAUUAGCGCGAGUGCAGCUGUGCAAAGAGAAUCAAUUGCCAAACGACUUUUGACCACAAGCGUUAAGGCGACCAAAUUUUUUAAUGGCAUAAAGAUAGUUCACCGUCAUUUACACAAUGGAGAUAUAUUGCUUUUGAAUCGUCAGCCAACCUUACACAAGCCAAGUAUCAUGGCCCAUAAAGCCAGGAUAUUGAAAGGGGAGAAAACGUUGCGCCUUCAUUAUGCAAAUUGUAAAGCUUACAACGCCGACUUUGACGGUGAUGAAAUGAACGCGCAUUUUCCACAAAACGAACUUGCCCGAAGUGAAGGAUACAAUAUAGCCAACGUUUCUAGCCAGUACCUCGUCCCGAAAGAUGGUACACCGUUGAGCGGCUUGAUUCAAGAUCACAUGGUUUCUGGAGUACGUUUGACACUCAGAGGAAAAUUCUUUUCAAGAGAAGACUACAUGCAGUUAGUUUACUGCGCAUUAUCAGAUAUUCAGGGUGAUAUAACGCUAUUACCACCUGCCAUUAUCAAGCCAGAGUUAUUGUGGUCUGGUAAACAGUUAUUAUCAACAGUUAUAAUUAAUGUUACACCACGUGGCAAAGCAAAGAUUAAUCUUACCGCUAGUGCAAAGAUUGGCCCAAAAGCAUGGGAAGCUAGGAAGCCGCGACGUUGGAAAUGCGGCACCGAAUUCAGUGAUCCAAAAACAAUGUCAGAAGCUGAAGUAGUUAUACGUAGUGGCGAACUGCUAUGCGGCGUGCUCGACAAAAUUCAUUAUGGCGCUACACCUUAUGGACUGAUACAUUGCGUAUACGAGCUUUACGGUGGUACAUACUCAAGCAGGAUGCUGAGUGCGUUCGGAAAAUUAUUCCAAGCAUUUCUUCAGAGAGAUGGCUUUACUUUGGGAAUAGAAGAUAUCUUGAUUCUUUCAAACGCUGAUGAAGAACGUACGAAAUUCAUCGAGUCAUGUAGAAAGGUAGGCGAAAGUACCCAGAAAUCGGUGCUCGAGUUGCCUGAAGAGACACCGAUGACAGAAGUAAAAUCAAAAAUACAAGAAUCAUACUUGAGAAAUUCUAAGUUCCAAGCGCAAAUCGAUCGUAAAUACAAAACUGCUCUGGAUGUCUAUACGAAUGACAUAAACAAAACAUGCCUGCCAGCUGGACUCCUUAAAAAAUUUCCGGAUAAUAAUUUGCAACUUAUGGUUCAGUCCGGGGCUAAAGGUUCGACUGUUAAUACCAUGCAGAUUUCUUGCCUACUUGGGCAAAUUGAAUUGGAAGGAAAGAGACCGCCGCUAAUGAUCAGUGGCAAAAGUCUUCCCUCUUUCGCUGCUUAUGAUCCAACGCCAAGAGCUGGCGGCUUCAUUGACGGUCGUUUUAUGACAGGAAUUCAACCCCAAGAGUUCUUCUUCCAUUGCAUGGCAGGCAGAGAAGGGUUGAUUGAUACUGCGGUGAAAACCAGUAGAUCUGGAUACUUGCAGAGGUGUUUAAUCAAGCAUUUGGAAGGCUUAACCGUCAGUUACGAUUCAACUGUUCGCGAUUCUGACGGCAGUUUAGUUCAGUUAUAUUACGGAGAAGAUGGGCUUGAUGUACCGAGUUCUCAAUUUCUAAAAAACGAGCAACUGGAUUUUUUGGUCCAUAAUAGAAAUGCGAUUGUUGAAAAGGAAUUGCUAAGCCGUCUCAAAGACGAUCUGAGCACUGAGAAAAUCUUGAAGACAGGACGGAAAAUGCAAAAGUGGAUGAAGAAACACGGUGAUCCCUUACAGAAGCGUCGCGCAAGCGAAUUUGCCAAAUUUUCUGAAAAAAAUCGACUAGAUGAUCCCAAGUACAAAAAGAUCAAUAAAGUUUGCGGCAGAAGCAAGGGUGCAUUACGUUUGAUGAGAGAAUGGGUAAAUAUUGACAAAGAGACGAAGGAAAGUUACAAGUGCUCGCGAUGCCCUGACCCUGUGAUUUCAAAGUACAAACAGGACUCCAACUAUGGAGUUCUAACGGAAAGAAUAGAAGGCUUGAUAAACGAUUAUCUGUCAAAAAGGAAAGUCGAAAAGUCUGCAGAUAUAUCCGAAGACGAACUCAGAGAUCUCUUAUCAUUCAAAGUAAUGAAGACCCUUUGCCAGCCCGGAGAGCCCGUAGGAUUACUAGCAGCGCAAUCAAUCGGCGAGCCGUCAACGCAGAUGACGUUGAAUACUUUCCAUUUCGCGGGACGUGGUGAAAUGAACGUAACCCUCGGAAUUCCGAGAUUACGAGAGAUCCUUAUGAUGGCCUCGAAGAAUAUAAAAACACCCUCGAUGGAAAUUCCAUUUAGGCAGAGUCUUGAAAAUCUAGAAAAACAAUCGGAUAACUUAAGACUAAAGUUAACCCGAUGCACUUUGUCAAACGUCUUGAGAAGUAUUGGUGUGGACGGAAGAUUAGAAAUUGAACCUCAGAGAAGGAUGACUUACAAGUUGAUGAUAAAAUUCUUACCUCACAAAAGCUACAAACGAGAAUACUGCGUAGGACGCAAGUACGUUUUACAAGCAACGGAAUAUUUCUUCUUCAAAGAACUGUUUAAAGAAAUAAAAAAAGCAGCUCAAGUAUCCGGGGCUUUGUUGUAUAGUGAGGAGAACAAGGAAUCAGCUAACGAUGAUCAACUAGACGCAGAUGACCCUGAAAGUGUGCCUAGCAAUUCGACUAAAGGGAGACUAGAUUUUGGGGAAAUGCACGAAUCUUCUGACGAAGACGAAGCUGCCGAGGAUGCAGAUGCGACUGCAGCUAGAUCACUUUCCAGACACAAAGAAAGUCAGGAAUAUGAUGACCCUGAAGAAACGAACGACGAGUCUGAUGAAAACGAAGAUGAGAAAAAAGAGGAUGACAAAACUGUGUCAACUGAAUCAAAUGGAGGUGCAGAGACAAAGAACAAUGAGUUCAAAAAUAUGAUUACAGAGAAAAGGAAAAAACUAAUUGUUGACAUGUACCCCCAUGCUAUUGAGUACAACUUCGACGAUAGGAAAUAUUUAUCAUGCGAAUUAAAGUUCUGGCUACCUUUGAAAAUGACAAAACUGGACUUAUCUACGAUCAUUAAAUCUGUCGCAGAAAAGGUCGUAUUAUGGCAAACGCCUCAGAUAAAGCGAGCAUUUACAUUCCAAAAUCUGAACAAUGAAACUGUUCUGAAAACUGAUGGAAUAAACAUUGUAGAAAUGUUCAAAUACAACGAAAUCCUAGAUCUCAACAGAUUAUACUCUAACGACAUAUAUGGGAUUGCACAAACCUACGGCAUUGAAGCAGCGAAUAGAGUGAUAGUAAAAGAAGUGAAAGAUGUGUUUAAAAUGUACGGAAUUACUGUAGAUCCGCGACAUUUGCUUCUGAUCGCUGACUACAUGACUUUUGAUGGAACUUUCCAGCCGCUAAGUCGUAAAGGAAUGGAGAACUCUGCAUCUCCCCUCCAGCAAAUCAGUUUUGAGAGUUCGCUCACCUUCCUGAAGAAUGCUACGCUACACAACAAACGAGAUGACCUCGUCUCACCAUCCAGUCGCUUGAUGAUCGGUCAACCUUGCAAAUCUGGGACAGGAUCAUUUGAUUUGAUGCAUAGAAUGGAAAUGUACAUUCCGAGUCAGUGACCAAUAGAGCAGAAGUUAUAUUUACACAAUGACAAACAUGUGGCCGCUAAAUGCAGAAAUUAAUGAAAUAAAUUAUUUAAAAUUCGGUCUGAAUAUUCUUUAAUCCCGAACAAUUGAAAAAUAAAAAUGUCAUUACGAA